GUCAGGAUCAACUAGUAUGGUAUGUCCCCAUAAUCCUUUGCGCGUCACAAUAGUUGCCAGUCAUUCUGCCGACGAGACGAAUACAGUAUGAAAGAGACAACAGCCAAGAGACGCGAGAAAUCCAAGGACUCCAAAGCUGAGAAACAGAAGGAUGCGGGCCCCGAGCCGCAGGAUGUGGAGAUGCCGGAGGAAGACUCGGCUACUGCAGAAAAGAAACCCAAGGAACUUGAUACCCUCACACUUGAAGACAUCAAGGAGCAUGUAAAGCAGAUAGAGAAGGCUGUGUCGGGCAAGGAGCCUCGCUUUGUGCUGAGGGCCUUGCGUGCCCUGCCCUCCACCAGCCGCCGCCUCAACCCCAACGUGCUGCACAAGGCUGUGUCUGGCUUCUACACCUCCAAUGCCGCCGGCAAGGAGUUCCUACUCAGCUUCCUGGAGGAGCCCAUGGACACCGAGGGAGAUGUCCAGUUCAGGCCCCGUACAGGGAAGGCAGCUGCCACCCCCCUGAUCCCUGAGGCGGAGGCCUACCUGCAGCUGCUCCUGGUGGUUUACCUCACGAACAACAAACGCUACACAGAGGCCCAGAAGGUGUCAGACGAGCUCUUGCAGAAGAUCGGCCCUCAGAACCGGCGGGCUCUGGACCUGGUGGCUGCUAAGUGUUACUACUACCACUCCCGCGUCUACGAGUUCCUCAACCAGCUGGACACCGUGCGUAGUUUCCUGCACACGCGCCUGAGGACAGCCACCUUGCGGCACGACGCCGACGGCCAGGCCACGCUGCUCAACCUGCUGCUGAGGAACUACCUGCAGUACAACCUGUACGACCAGGCUGAGAAGCUGGUGUCUAAGUCAGUCUUCCCCGAGCUGGCCAACAACAACGAGUGGGCCCGCUACCUCUACUAUACAGGUCGUAUCAAGGCUAUCCAGCUGGAGUACACAGAGGCCCGGAGGACCCUGACCAACGCCUUGAGGAAGGCCCCCCAACACACAGCUGUGGGCUUCAAACAGACAGUCCACAAGUUGCUGAUUGUGGUGGAGCUGUUGCUUGGGGAGAUCCCAGACAGGCUGCAGUUCCGCCAGGCUCCAUUGAAGAGAUCCCUAGCGCCCUAUUUCCUGCUCACCCAGGCUGUCAGGACGGGUAACCUGGCAAAGUUCAACCAGGCCCUGGAUCAGUUUGGAGAGAAGUUCCAGGCAGACGGCACCUACACCUUGAUCAUCCGCCUGCGACACAAUGUCAUCAAGACAGGUGUGCGUAUGAUCAGCCUGUCAUACUCUCGUAUAUCCCUGGCAGACAUCGCUCAGAAGCUGCAGCUGGACAGUCCAGAGGAUGCUGAGUUCAUAGUGGCCAAGGCUAUCCGUGAUGGAGUGAUUGAAGCCAGCAUCAACCAUGAGAAAGGCUAUGUUCAGUCUAAAGAGACCAUGGAUAUCUACGGUACCAGGGAGCCCCAGCUGGCCUUCCACCAGAGGAUCUCCUUCUGCCUGGACAUACACAAUAUGUCUGUCAAGGCCAUGAGGUUUCCACCCAAGGCUUACAACAAGGACCUAGAAUCAGCAGAGGAGCGCAGAGAGCGGGAGCAGCAGGACCUGGAGUUCGCCAAGGAGAUGGCCGAAGAUGACGACGACAGUUUCCCAUGAUCCUCUGAGGGGAGCAAGUGCAAGGAUGCCUUGACGUUUUUUCCCAUUCUCUCCCCCUCCAUCCUCCCUAUUGUAAUAGUUGUUUUUGUUUAUUUCUCUGCAGGCAAAAGGCCAUUAUAACGUUAUAUAUCUGUGUUAGCAUUCUAACAUACAAUAAGAACACCUAUUCAACCCUACCACUGGUCCUCGUUGUCCCUGCUUUUAGACUUUGCGUGUGACUGUUAACUUGCUGGUGGAAGCAUUUGGUGUAUCUGUACUGAGUUUGAGACCAGCACACAAAUAAACAGUCUGUCAUUUUAAAUUCUAAUUUGGUGAACACUAAUUUGUACAGUGUAUGUCUGGAAAACUAAGAGCUGUUUGGCACAGAGCAGCUUGUAUUUGUAAGCUUUUCUGUCAGGAAUGAUGUUGGGUCCUUGAUUUGUUAUUCUUGCUGCGCAAUGCAAUUCAAUAUCUUGACAACUGCCCUUUCUAAAAUGCAGAAAUGGAAACUCAUAUUUCAAAAUACCUUGAGGAAAUCAAUUAAUUUGUUGGCCCUCUUGAGAACUGCGUGCCAUUGAGCUCAACUAGUUAGAUUUCUCUGCCUCAUUGUUCACAGCUCCUGUUCCUUCCCCUGAUUUCUUCAUUUAGCUCCCUCUCCCUCCUACCUCAGGGUGCAUCCCAAUUAUCUCUAUUUUUUUCAGGAAGUGUGCACUUGUUCCAUUCGCUUCAUGGAUUUUAAAAGAAAUGACUGGUAUGAUACAGUGCAUUCGGAAAGUAUUCAGACCCCUCAUCUUCCACAAUUUUACGUUACAGCCUUGUUCUAAAAUGGAAUAAAGUUUUUUCCUCUAUCUACACACAAUACCCCAUAACAAAGCAAAAGCAGGUUUUUAGAAAAGGUUGAAAAAUUAUAAAUAAAUGGAAAUAUCACAUUUUACUUAAGUAUUCAGACCCUUUACUCAGUACUUUGUGAAGCACCUUUGGCACUGAUUACAGCCUUGAGUCUUCUUGAGUAUUACGCAACAAGCUUGACACAACUGUUUUUGGGGAGUUUCUCCCAUUCUCUGCACAACCUUUCCAGCUCUGUCAGGUUGGAUGGUGAGUGUCACGGCACAGCUAUUUUCAGGUUUCUGUGUGCUUAGGGUUGUUGUCCUGAACCUUUGCCCCAGUCGGAGGUCCUGAGUACUCUGUAGCAGGUUUUCAUCAAGGAUCUCUGCGUGUUGCUUUGUUAAUUUUUCCCUCGAUUCUGACUAGUGUCCCUGCCUCUGAAAAACAUCCCCACAGCAUGAUUCUGCCACCACCAUGCUUCACCGUAGGGAUAGUGCCAGGUUUCCUCCAGACGUGAUGCUUUGCAUUCAGGCCAAAGGGUUAAAUCUUGGUUUCAUCAGACCAGAGAACCAUGUUUCUCAUGGUCUGAGAAUCAUUUCGGUGCCUUCUGGCAAAUUCCAAGCGACUGUCAUGUGCCUUUUACUGAGGAGUGGCUUCAGUCUGGUUACUCUACCAUAAAGGCCUGAUUGGUGGAGUGCUGUAGAGAUGGUUGUCCUGGAAGGUUCUACCAUCUUCACAGAGGAACUCUGGCGCUCUGUCAGUGACCAUUGAGUUCUUGGUCACCUCCCUGACCAAGGCCUUCUCCCACAAUUGCUCAGUUUGGCUGGACGGCCAGCUAAGGGAGAGUCUUGGUGGUUCCAAACUUCUUCCAUUUAAGAAUGUGUUCUUGAGGACCUUCAAUGGUGCAGAAAUGUUUUGGUACACUUCCCCAGAUCUGUGCCUCGACACAAUCUUGUCUUGGAGCUCUAUGGACAAUACCUUCGACCCCAUGGCUUGGUUUUUGCUCUGACAUGUACUGUCAACUGUGGGAGCUUAUAUAGACAGGUGUGUGCCUUUCCAAAUCAUGUCCAAUCAAUUGAAUUUGCCACAGGUGGAUUCCAAUCAAGUUGUAGAAACAACUCAAGGAUGAUCAAUGGAAACAGGAUGUGCCUGAACUCAGUUUCGAGUAUCAUAGCAAAGGGUCUGAAUACUUAUGUAAAUAAAGUUUUUCUGUUAAACGUAAUAAAAUAUAUACAUUUGCAAACUUUUCUAAAACUGUUUUCAUUUUGUCAUUAUGGGGUAUUUUGUGUAGAUUGAGGAAAGCAUUUUUAUCCAUUUUAGAAUAAGGCUGUAAUGUGAAAAAAGGGAAGGGGUCUGAAUACUUUCCCGAAUGCAGUGUAUAAACCAAUCAUAUAAUGCAAUCAUCUACCAGUCAUUUCCUGUCAAAUUCAUGAAGCGAAGUGAACAAAUGCCCAUGCCAACACCAAUCCAGUGCUAUUCAAUAUGUGCAGACUAGUGAAUGAGUCAUACUUCAGGAGGAGGGAGAGAUUAUUGGGGCACAACCGUAGACAUAUGGUUCAAGGCCCUUGCAAGGUAAGGUAAUUUGUGGAAAGUCAGUUUAAUUCGUACACCAAUUGCCAUUGCAUCUAUGAAAAUAAGAAAUGUUUGUCUUUGAUAAAGCGUGACAGUAGAACCUUGGUGCAUGUUUUUGGCCAUUUUAUCAAUUCAUUGUAUUAUAAAAAAUAUAUACACCAA